AUGAUUCGUUCCAUAUGCAAACUACCUUCUACACUAGCUGGACAAAUGGCAGCCAAUAUUCUAUCUAGGAGUAUGGCUAGUCAGGCGCCACAAAAAAUGGAAGAUUACUUCAAAGGCAAAAAGUUUAUCGUCACUGGAUCUUGUGCUGGUAUGGGUGAAAAAAUUACAGAGAGGUUAGUAGAUUUGGGUUCAUUUGUUUACGCAGUGGUAGAAAAGGAAGAGGGAGCUUCUAAAGCAUUACCAAAUACCAAACAAAUAUUUUGCGAUGUUUCAAAUUGGGAGGACACGUACAAGAAAAUGUACGAUAUUGGUCCAGUACAUGGUUUAGUCAACAACGCCGGUGUAGCAGUUAUUGAGCCAUUUUUCGAUGUCACCGAACAUGGUUGGGAUAAGACUUUAAAUAUCAACGCCAGAGCCUUAGUGAGAAUAAGUCAGGCAGUGGCAAAAAACAUGAUUGAUGCCGGUAUCAAAGGAUCUAUUGUAAAUAUUUCUUCGACAAUUUCCACGAGAGCCAUACCCGAUCAUACGACAUAUUGUGCAUCUAAAGGAGCCGUGAAUCAAAUCACUAGGACGAUGGCAAUCGAACUGGGCAAGUACGGUAUCCGUACCAAUAACGUAAAUCCAACUGUGGUGUUGACCCGUAUGGGUAAGAUCGCGUGGUCAGAUCCAGAAAAAUCGGGACCCAUCAUGAGACGAAUCCCACUCGGCAGAUUUGCAGAAACCGACGACAUCGCCAACGCUGUGAUUUUCAUGCUCAGCGACUACUCCACCAUGGUAAACGGAACAGCGCUCGUGGUCGACGGUGGCUUCUUGGCAGGAUAG